AUGGAAAUGGGGAAUCAUAAGGAAGAAGUACCAAACACGACGUGGGAGGCUCUAACCUUCAUUCUCAACGUGAACCCGACCACCUUUCUUACAUCUUCUCUCUCUAUAUAUAUAAUUGUAUCUAUAUAUAUAACACUCAUCGUUCCUUCUUCUUCAUCCACUCCAAAACUCAUCAACAUGGUGAAUUCCAGACGGGUUUUCGCCGCCUUCGUCUUAGCUUUGACCAUCAUCGAUGCAGCAUUCGGGUUCAACUUCAACUACGGAGAUGCUCUCGACAAGAGCUUGUUGUUUUUCGAAGCACAAAGGUCCGGCAAGUUACCCGGGAACCAACGGGUGAAAUGGCGUGGCGAUUCUGGUCUCACCGAUGGUUACCAACAAAAGGUGAACUUGGUUGGAGGGUACUAUGAUGCUGGUGACCAUGUCAAGUUUGGGCUGCCAAUGGCGUAUAGUGUCACAAUGUUGUCGUGGGGCGCCAUCGAGUACGGCAAAAGUAUGAUGGAUCUCAACCAGAUGGGGCAUGUUUUGAAUGCCAUCAAAUGGGGUACUGAUUACUUCAUCAAAGCUCAUUCUCAACCCAAUGUUCUUUGGGGACAGGUCGGUGAUGGGGACUCGGAUCACUACUGUUGGGAGCGAGCAGAAGACAUGACUACGCCAAGAACUGCGUAUAAAUUGGAUACCGAACAUCCGGGAUCAGACCUUGCCGGUGAAACUGCCGCUGCUAUGGCCGCCGCUUCACUUGCAUUUAGGCCUUACAACUCUUCUUACUCUGAUUUGCUCUUGGUGCAUGCUAAACAGCUUUUCUGGUUCGCUGAUCGGUUUAGGGGACUGUUCACAGAUUCAAUCCUGUGCGCCAAAGAGUUCUACACAUCAUCUGGUUACUCAGAUGAACUUUUGUGGGCGGCUACAUGGUUGUACCGAGCAACCAAGGAUGAAUCGUACUUGAAAUACGUGGUGGAUAAUGCUGCCACCAUGGGUGGCACUGGUUGGGCGGUCAAGGAAUUCUCGUGGGAUAACAAGUAUGCGGGUGUCCAGAUUCUCCUGUCGAAGGUGUUGAUGGACGGAAAUGGUGGGGCAUAUACCGCCACGUUGAAACAGUAUCAGGCGAAAGCCGACUACUUUGCAUGUGCUUGCCACCAAAAGAACGAUGGCUACAACGCGCCUAUGACUCCUGGGGGCUUACUCUACUUGCAUAACUGGAACAACAUGCAAUACGCAGCCUCAGCUGCAUUCCUGCUUGCCGUCUACUCAGACUAUCUCUCGGCAGCUAAAUCGGUCCUAACUUGUCCUGAUGGCAAUGUUCAACCUCAUGAACUCCUAACUUUUGCUCAAUCCCAGGCGGAUUAUAUCCUAGGGAAAAACCCAAAGUCAAUGAGUUACAUAGUCGGGUAUGGUCAAAACUACCCGAUUCACGUGCACCAUAGGGGUGCUUCCAUUGCCUCCAUAUCCACCCUCCACUCCGUAGUCGGUUGUGUUCAAGGUUUUGAUGCAUGGUACCACCGCCCAGAAGCGAACCCAAACAUUGUCCAUGGUGGACUUGUUGGUGGACCAGACAAGAACGACAACUUUGAUGAUGAUCGUUCCAAUUACGAACAAACAGAGCCUACAUUAUCAGGGACUGCUCCUCUUGUAGGACUUUUCUCCAAGUUACAUAGCAUCAAUUCAAACUCAGCAGUCAGACCUUCUCCAACCGAGGGCCAAACCAAUCAAAAUCCGCACCCUAAAACGGCAGCAAAACCAUACGAAAAGCCUGGAAUGCCAGUCGAAUUCUUUCACUCGAUAACAGAUUCGUGGACGGUUGGGAGAAUCGCCUACUAUAGGCACAAGGUGACAAUCAAGAAUAAGUCAGAAAAACCAAUCACAGAUUUGAAGUUGGCAAUUGAAAACUUAUCAGGGUCUCUAUGGGGAUUAUCUCCAACUCAAAAUAAGAACAUAUAUGAGCUUCCAGAAUGGAUUAAGGUCAUCAAACCUGGUUCUGAGUGCAGUUUUGUAUAUGUUCAAGGUGGACCACAAGCAAAGGUCUCAGUUCAAUCCUACCACUGAUCACCAUCACAUCAUGUUCAAAUACAAAGCCAACCCCAUCAA